UGGUUGUCCAUUUUAUUUACUCGUGGUAGAAGUUAACUUCAUUCUGGUAGUUUGUUUAUAAUGAGAAAUGCAAAACAUAUAAGGAGUAUUAUUCCCACCUAUCUGCUAAUUUUUGCUUGUGAUUAAUUUAUGAAUUUUGUUUUGACCUUUAAAUGCAGCUUUAAAGUAUUCUAUUGUUUAAUCUUAGCUACUAUGUUAAUUAAGGUAUUUUUUGUUUUAGUUGGAUCAUGUUCGAAGUUGUAAGAAGUUGACUCAUGAAAGCUACAGAUAACAGGAAUAAGAAUGUCUCUUAGUGCAGGUUUUGAAGUGUCAGCUAUGAAAGCCAGUUUUUCCAUGUCAUCUUUGCAAGCCCCUGAAAUGGAAAGAGAUAUCACCCCAAGACUCUGUAAUAGUUUGACAAAAAAGAAGCGCAAGGAAAUAGAACACUGGAGAAGAUCAUGGGGAAGUUCAGCCAGUGACCAGAAAGAUGACUUCUGGUCAGCUUUACAAGCUAAUUAUAAUUAUAUUAUGGAUAAUCAACUAAUUGACAAUUGUCAGGAGGCAAACGGCGAGCUAAAUUUGGAUAAAACCUGGUCUUUAAUAGAAUUUUAUACUAAGUUCUCAGAACUCUAUUCCUGGCUUAAUAGUGUUCAAGAGGCUAUAUUUAGUAAAGAACUCAGUGAAAUUGAUAAAGAAUUGAAAGCUCACUACAGUGAUGAGGUAGUGCAGAAAAAUUCACUUCGAAAUCUUUUCAAUGAACAAGCUAGUCAGUUAGUGCAAUUGCAUCCAGAUGUAAAAGAGGAGGUAACACGUCGAGUUAUGCAUAUUAACUCUAAAUGGGACUCACUCCAGGCUGCUCUUGGUCUUACAAAUUCUAAAGGCAUCGAUCAGUCUUUUACAGAUAUAAAUGCAGAGUUGAAAUGUUUGCGAAACUGGAUGAAAUCAAUGGAAUCACGUCUUCAACCUCUAGUCUUCAGGGUCGAAUGGUCCAAACCUGAGAUAGAAAAGAAAAUGUUAGAGCAUAUGGUGUUGCACCGUGAUAUUGAAAGUCACGGAAAAAUAGUAACUUCGGUUGUGAAACUUUGCAAACGUCGUGGCGAUGUCGGUGAUAAUGAAGUCAGUGUACGUCGUGUAGCCAGAAGUUUAGAGAGACGUUGGCACCUUUUGUUCUUAAGAUCCCUGGAAUGGCAAUGCUACUUUGAUUCACUCUCCAAAAAACUCAUCUCCAGAGGACGAAAUACCCCAUCAGUAUCAUCAGACAGUGAUUAUGAUGAGCCAAUUUCAAAAUAUCCUCGCUUAAAUGAACCAUCCUCCAUGUCAAAGUCUACAUCAGCUGAUGAUAAUUGCUACACCGAAGAACUGUUAUUUCAGACUGAAUCGAACAAAACGACCAAUCUGGAAUCCUCUAAUGCCAUAAUGGUUAGACACGACAGUGCUGGUGACCUAAAAGUUAACUACGAACCUAAAGAAGAAAUUGCUGCUAGUACUGUCACAGAAGCGUCUUCCCACUUUACCGAGCCUAGCCGGAAAGGCAAGAACCUUGCCACUUACUACUUCAAACACGAGGAUACAGAUUGCGAAAUGAAACAAUCGAAAGUAAUCGAAAUGCCUGCAGCGGUCGACGAAAGCUCCGAAGAAGAGUGGACCUACACCAACAAAAUCGAACACAAUAAUCCAAAACGAUCGUCUGAUAGAAACGAAAUCAGACGCCACUCAUCGUCCAAAAAUUCGUACCAAAAUAUACACAGACUAGUACAGAAGGCCGAAGAAUUAGUGCGUGAAACACCCCUGAGAAAAACCAAAUGUGCGUCUGUUUCAACCCCAGUAAACAAAAUAUCGAGGGUAAAGGAAUGGCUUAAUAUGGACCGCCCUGACGACAGCUGUGACGCUAGUUGCGAAGAUGAAGAAAAAGAAUCCCAGACCUCCGAAGAUUUGAAUGAAAGCAUUACAACUUGUAAACCCAACGACACUUCAGGAUCCCAUAACGACUCGUUCAACGAUUUAAAUAAAUCAGACGUUGCCUCUAAAGUAGUACUGAGACAGAAGAAGUGUGAAGUUAAAGCCAACAGACCCUGGAGUGUGUCAUGCAUCUCACAGUUGUCGCAGUUGUCACCAAGAAUUGAUUCUGUUCAUCUUUCUAUAUCGGAAUCGGCAUUAAACAGAAUAUCACUGAGCCCGAAAUAUUGUAAAAGUUUGACAACUAGUGCAACCAGCAUAGGAAUGCAUGGUAAUUCGACCUCAUCUACAAUGGAAGAAUGUGGUGCUGCUGUCUUGGAAGAAAGAACAUCUCCAAAUAGGCGGAAGAGGCUGAAGUUGAAAAGGAAAUCUAGUUCCAAAAGAAGAAGCGAAGUCAACGACCAAUACUGCCUGAAUACUGCUUCCUUGAUCCACAUUGUAAAAUCUGAUUCAUUUUCUGGAUGCGGCUGCAAAGUAGCCAAGUUAGAAAGACAUGCCGUUAGCGAUCCUUGCGAUCUAGUCCUUGGUUACUCAACAAGACGUGGCGGAAGGUGCGAUACAUCAAAUACUAGUGGUGCAGAAAGUGAGGACGACAGACAAAGCAAAAGAACUCCAAAUUUCAAAAUCGGUGCUGCUACUUCUUAUCUUGGAAUAGAUUUAGGCGACUGUGCCAGAGAAAAAAAUAAUUUAAACCUUGCCGAAGAACAAUCCAGUUCAUUAUCAGAACAAGCGUGGGAUAGUUACCAGGAAAAAUAUUUAUCGGAGGCAUACAGUGAAGCGCAUGACUCUGACGCAGCUCGUAAACUUUUGAACUUUGGAGAAGAUUAUCGUAUCUUUUUAGACAGUCAGUCAGAUUGGUCGAGCCCCUCAAUGAAUUUCGAAAAUUCACCACAACUCAAAAGAAAAACGUUGCAGCCAUUUAACGCUUUAGAAUCUGAAAGUGAUUCGGAAAAUGUAAAACAUUUCUUAAAAGAGUCCAGAAGUCAACUACUUUAUACCACAAACAUUUACAAACAACAAUUUAACAUGGGGUUGAAGGAAUAUCUCGUAGCUAAUAGUGGCGAUGAAUUAUUGGCUACAUGUGAUCAGCAUAUUUACUGUCUCAACGUCAUCGAAAAGUCACCAGAAGAGUUUUCCUUCCUGAAAAUGGAGAAAAAUGAAACAAAUGAAUUAAUGAUGCAGUGGCAAAAACUCAGGGAUAAGGUUAAUAUAAUGCAAGAGUACAGAAAUUUACAAAAGGAAAUGCUUCUACUUAAGGAUGAAGUUCGUCGUAUGAAUAUUUCUGUGCCCUCAGAAACAUCAGCUGUGAAAUCGAUCGAGGAUAUUAGUAGGGACAUCGAUCUUUACAGGACCGAGUUGGCGAAUUUGGAUGAGUACAAAAAGAAACUACUAACAUUCAACGUUUCUGUACAUCGUUUUACAACCGAAAACAAAGAUUACAACUCCAGUACCCUAAAAGCUGACAUAUCCGAACUUUAUCGUCUAUGGAACGACUAUCAUUCAAGCGCAAGUGAACGUUUAAUGCAAUUAAAUCGGCUGCUGGACACGUGGCAGAUGCUGGAAAGGAGUUUAGAAAAAUUACACGGCGAUCUACUAGCGGAUGAAAAAACUUUGGGCCUUCUGGAUUCUGCACUCCAAGAGGGCUCUUUAUCUGACCAAAUGGCCGUUUACGUUAGAGAAGUUGCCAAAGUGCUGUCCGAAACGAGACAGGAGUCAGAUCUUCCGGCAAUUUUGACAGAGGGUUCCUUGUCCGAUAGUGGAAUCUCUGAUGAAGGUUCUGAACACGAAUUGGGGGAGAGAGAACGUCGCCUGGCAUGUAUGAGACGCCUUGUGAGACAGUUGGAGCUCGAGAUGGCCCCCGAUUGUAUUGCUCGUACCAAAAUGACCGAACGUCUGUUGGCCGCUGAAGAAGAACUCCGAGCAUUACAGAAACGUUGCCGAUCUCUUAUUGUACGCACAGCCGUUACCGCAAGCACACCAGUAAAUGACCCAAUUAUUGCGGUCAAGGGAAGUCCGGGCGAUCCGGAUGACGAUCCAACAGCGGUAUCAUGGUUUAAAAGGGUCGUACGUGCGUCAGUACCAUUUCAGUUAGCUAUUGUAGCACUUCUCUGUGUAGCGUGUUUACUAGCGCCGAAAUGUUGCGACAAUAUGAACACGUUUUCUAUGUCUUUGACACCCCAGUUACGUUACGUGAGGGGCCCUCCGCCGGCUUAAUUUAAGUCUUCCGCGUAUAUUUCGCGUACAGAAAUGAAACUUCUUUUUGCUAUACAAUGUGCGUUUGAUUUGAUUUGGUAGAACAACCACACCCGAGGCUUUUAUUGCCUAUAUAUUUUAUUAUAUUUUCAAAUAGAAGGUGUCGGUUAUGGUCAUGAACGCCUGUUGAUUGAACAGUUGAUGGUCGACUGACAGCAACUAAUUAUUUUAAUGCUGCUGCAGAAAACAAAAGGCGCCAAGGUGAAAUAACAUACAUAUUAAUAAUAUUUUAUUAUACGAAUGAGUUGUGUUUUGGUAAUAGUAUUAUUAUGCGUUGUAUAUACAUACAUACACAAUUGAAUUGUUUUAAAUACAAAAACAGAAAAGUAAUUGAAACGGUUUUGUCUUAUAUUAAGAAAUUGUGAGAGUCUUUUUCUUCGUUUGAAUUAACAUACACAUUAAGGUGGCAUUAUUUACAGAGUUUAUGAAAUAAAAUUGUAAUUUCUAUUUUGUAUGGAUUUCUGAAUUUUUGGAAUCCUCGAGUGAGAGAGAAUGUGUUCUCGACGUAAGUAGUUUUCUACUUUUAUAGAAAAAGGGAAAUGAUAAGAUAGAUGUCCAUUACGUUAUUCAAUAGAAAAUCGUUAGGGUUCGUGGUUACAAUUUUAUAAAAAUGGCCAUUUUUACUGUCAUCAUUAGUAUUGGAACGAGUAUCAUUUAUAGCUGCUCAUUUAAAUGAGAAAAUAAAUAAAGAAUGCAUACAGGGAAAUGCUACAAUGCCUACUACAGGGUGAAAUUAGAACUAGUUAUUAGUUUUUCCUAACAUAUGUUUUUGUCAUCAUCAUAUCAUCGUUAUAAUGGCAAUAAUCAUCACUUACAGAUGAUUUCAAUAUUUAUAGUAUUAGCAUGGGCGUAGUCUACGAUUUAAUUUCUUGAGAAUGGGAUUAAAUAAGCAACCAAAUCGUAUAAAAAUGCAGAUAUAAACAAGAGUCGUUCUUUUUUUUGUAUUGUUUAUUUGAACCCCUAAACUGCUCUUGUCUACGCCCAUGAGUUUUAGUCUUAUUGUUUGUCACCUAUACAAUUCGUAUAUCUACGAGUAAUACAAAAGACUUUGUUUCAUCGCCAGUUUCAUUACAAUUUUAAAAUAGCCGAUUAAUUUAAAAACAUAUUUACAUACAUAAAUAAUAAUUAUUCUGUUGUUUCCGAAAUAAGCAUUUACUUAUUAUAUGUUAAAAGUAGGUACUGCACUGAACUAUGUAGUGCCAUUGGAGACUGCUUUAUUUACUGGCAAUUUUUUAAGCAUUUUAUUUUACAGAACAAAUAUACCUUACAUAUACAAGUGCCUUGCAGUAUUUAAAAUUAACCGAUUCAAUUGGCAACUACGUUAUUAAUUUUGGAUAGUAUCACUGCCAUGUUAGAAAAACUUUAAUUACUUAACUCUUUUAAUGUGUUCAAAAAUUACUCGCAGAAUUUGUUUUUUAUUACUUAUUUUUUGGAGAACGAGCGACAGAAAUCUGUCUUAAUAGUUUUCUAAAGACUUACAGUUACUUUUUUCGUGGUAACAUUAUAUAGUUUAAAAUAUACCGCUCAAAAUACUUAUAUUGAUUGGAAUUAAUUAUUUUUUUUUAGUAAACAGUGUGCAAAAAAUAUUUUUUUUAGAUGAAUGAGCGAAUAUUUCGAUUGUAUGAUUUUCCUAUUUGAGGAAAAAUUUUAUUAAACUUUUCUAAAUAGCACAAGAUAAAUUUUAUUUUUUAAUAGCUAUAAAUUUGAAUCUCAUGUUCAUGGCAUGUUUGAAUAUUUUUGUAUUUAUUUUUAGAGAAUAGUGAAAAAAAAAUACAAUAAAAAGAUACAUCAUAAACAGUAUUUGUCUAAACAAGUUCAGACAUUAACUAACGUUUUGUGUUUGAUUUGUGUAGAGUACAUUUCUAGGCUAGCGUUCUUAUAAAUAAGGGCUCUACUUAGUGAUAUUUAACAAUUUUUUAAAUAAAACGAGUUUGAAGAUUUCCUAAAAGAAUGCGGCAAAUUAUUUUGCGAUAAAAGCGUAUAUUUUUUUUAAAGUAAUAACUUCGCAAAUAUUUUCGUUCGUUGGUUGCUGCUUCGAAGGAUUGUCUCUUAACAAUUUUUUUACAACUAAGAAGUUUUUAUAUUACCAAAUUUCAUACAGACUCAUUUUUAAGCUAAAGUAAAUUUUCCGGUAAUUUUUGUUAUUUAUGAUUCUGUAUGAACGUUGAAUGCCAUUUUUUAUAACUUCUUUAGAUUUUAAAUGUCAUCAAAUUGAUAAAUCCGAAGUUUUGCGUUAAGUAUUUGUUGUUGUUCGUCCCUAAAGUGUAUUUUUCCGAGAAACACGACAAUGAAUAGUUAAGUUCGUUCUACGUAUAAAUAAAUGUUAGAAACAACAGCAGUGCUUAUCUAAAACUAAGGAAUAAUUUUGUUUCGAAACAUUAUAUACUUAGUUAAUGAAUGUUUGGUUUAUAAGGAGCAUGUAAUGUUGACGAUAAUAAAGAUACAAAUAAAAAUCCAA